GAAUCGAAAUGGUCACGUUGGAGUUCUUGGAGUGACUGCACGAAAACAUGUGGCAGUGGCUCACGAUAUAGAAAGAGAAAGUGUGUGGCCAUUAAUGAUAGAGCGGUCUUUGCCCCGAUUACAUGUGCUGGAAAACCUGAUCAGAUCAAACCAUGUGCAGAGUGGAGCUGUCCAGGUGAUUUAAAGUGUUAACGAUUCGCAAGAAAAAAUAGUUAUUCAUGAGAUUGUCAUCGAGUCUCUCCAUAUUUCUUACCCCGUAUAGACCCCUUUUUGCUCAUGAAACAUUAAAAAAGAGGGCCAUAGUGUACAUUGAUAAUGUAACAGCUGAUGUGAUAUAGCACAAACACAGGUUAUUCUGUAAGGAUUUGAACACAGCAAUUCGGUGGUCCCAUCUUCAUUUUUGUUUUCUUUAACUGUCAUUUACUUUCCUGCAGCUUUAUUGACGAUGCCAAUUUAGAUCUCCACUUAGAACGUUUUAAAAGAAGCUCAUAAACUAAUGAUACACCAAAAAGACGUGAUUGCUAGCUUAAAAUAACGCACCUCUGUAAGGUGCAAGACGUUAUACAUCGAAAUGCAUGAAAACUCUGAGCACACAAACAAUAAUAGUAUUUAUAAUAAAUCAGGCGAUUUUACUAUGAAUUCCUUCUAUAACUCAAGUCUAUUAAGUGCAGCUCCUAGGAUUGCAUCUCCUUUUUAACUGAGAGAGCUAAUUACACAUUUUCCUCUAUCUUACAGCCGAGUAAUCUUUCUGUUGCCUGUUCACACCCAUGAUAACUUUUUCUCUCAUCAUUUUCUUUAGAUUGUUUGCGAAAUUGUACCACUGGAACACUGAAUGCCGCGUGCGAUGCAUGUACAUGUGAUCAUCACGUGCUCACUGGACGAGUUUUGACAGUAGAUGACACACCACUGUCGGAAGCAAACAUAUCAUUGAUAGAAACACCUUACAACGUUCUUGCAAAGACGAACAUAAGUGGACACUUCACAGCACUUGGUGUCUGUGCGGAUGAGCAAGAGUUGCUUGUGACAAAAGAUGGUUUUGUUCCUGUGACGCAAAAAGCUAAUACUCUGACCCGAGAAAAGGCCACCAUUAUCGCAAAGAUGGAAAUUGCAGGUACUUCACAGACUUGGUAAUUGACUGACUGACUUAUUGACUGACUGGCUGACUUGCGGAUUGACUGACUGACUAAUUGGCUGACUGACUGACUGACUGACUAGCGGAAUGACUUACUGACUCACUAACUGACUGGCUAGCUGACUGGCCGAUUUUCUGACUGACUGGCUGACUUAAAGACUGACUGACUGACGGACUGAGUGACUAACUGACAGACUGACUUAGAGACUGGCUGACUAACUUACUGUCAUACCCACAAAUUAAGCUUCGAACUGGACCCUGGAGUUGAAUGACUUCUUUCCGAAAAAAACUUGUUUUUAUUGAACAGUUAGGCCUCCGAAAACUACCUUAUUUUUAAAUAGGUAGUAACAUUCGUUAUAUCCAAAGAGCAAAGGAUUCCUAUAGCAAUAACCUCACAUUGUCUCGUUUCGUAAAUCUUGCAGUUCCACCAUUUGUGACUGUCCAUCCCGAAAGCAAAAUUCGGCUGCCUGGUCAGAAUGCCACAUUUUGUUGCAAUGGUCGAGGAAACCCUCCACCGGAAAUUGAAUGGUAACAUACGACUCAAUUUAGUUUGUGUCGUUGCUUAACUGUUAAAAUGAGAAAAGCUUGAAUCAUUUCCAAUUAGGAAUCACAUAUUCAUUCUAUUUUUUAUGUAUACGUCAUGUUAAUACACACGCGAACAAUUCAUUUAUGAUUGAUUUAAUUGCAGUUUAUGUAAAUGAACUAGAUAAAAAUAUUUGUCAUAUUAAAUACAAUUAUACAAACAAAAUCAAAAUAGAGAGGAAUUAACAAAGACCAUCUUUAUUGCAAGUUCGUGGCGACUUACGCGAUUCUUAAAAUAAAUAGUUUCUGAAACUGGGCUGUGAGUUUUCCUCAAACUUGGUGGUAGGGUACUCCACACUUUAACCUGUCACAAAAUAGGUUUUGCACAAAGGCGAGAUCACUGAUUGAGUUUAAAGCGACAAGCGGUUUAUACUGAAAGAUAUGCGCACGCUACAUUUUUAAUUCAUGACUUCUUUCUUUACUUACAGGUUCAAGGAGAAUAACAUAAUCGAUAAAGAACUUUACAGUUUCAACAACACUCUUAAAAUCACCGCUGAGCGCGGGCUUAAUGGAAGCUACCGCUGUCGAGUAGUAAACGACUUUGGGUCCGAAUUCUCCGACGGAGCAGUCUUGAAAAUAAUAGGUAGGCAUCUUGUCUUGACGUUGGUGAGAAAAAAAAUCGGUCGAAGACUUAUAUUGGUAAACGGCUGGCCAAUUUAAUGUUUAAAAAUGUUCAAGCUUCGUAAAGGAACGUUUUUGAAGGUUGUGUUCAUGGGAAAAGGGAAAUUUUGCCAAAAUUAAUUUACAUUUCGGCCCGAAUCGAUAUUCAUGUUGUAACUCAUUCGGUGAAUGAGCUAUUCGUGUGCAUUAGGCUGGGCUAAAUCUUUAAAUCAGUUUAUUUCUCCUUUUUUAAUAUUAUUUUCCUUAAUAGCUCAGAUCUCCAGUUAAAAGAGCAAAUUGAAUUAGUGAUGUUGAUUUCGCUGUGGAGGUAUUUUCAAAAGAAACUUAGCAAGUCGAUAGAAUAAAUCCGAAAUUCUUAUGAAUUUUCAACAAAAAGAUAGACAAACAGUGUAUCUCAAGACUUUCCAGAACCCGAUGUGCAAAUUGCUAAUUGGUUAGGAAUCAUCAUGAAAUAUUCAAUACAAGGAUAUGUUUUGAUGAAUUCAAUUGAUCGGUCAGGAAACCAUUAUUACUUUCACAAGACAAAGCAUUAUUAAUUUUAGUUCAUUUACUGAUUUUGAUCUGGCAGAUACACAGGAGGCGUUCUGUGACCCAACUCCUCGAACAAAGCAUUUGAAACUUCCACCAAAUUGUGUACAGAAAGGUACAACAAAUAAUGUGGUUGAUGUAGGUGAAUGUCCAUCUGUACCCUGCCUUCAAAACGAUUCAGACAACUCAAACGCUUGCAAAGACAAAACAUUUUGUUGUGGGGUCUCAAUGGUGGAAGAAUUGAAUAUAGCUUGUGGAAAUGUCGCUGAAUUUAAGCUCUCCAAGACAAAAGAUUGUGGCUGUGGAGUUUGUAACAAGGCCGUUAUAACAAUAAGAGGCGUGGUCGUGGGCGGAAAAGAGGAGAGGCCAGUUAAAUUUGCCCAAAUUGAAUACGAUGGAGAAGUGAAAGCGAACGCAGACUUUAGAAGUGGCAGUUUUUCUUUUGAUGUUAGAGAUGGAAGAAAAAGAUUAGCUGUUACUUUCAAAGACACCUUUUCAAAGGAAUUUGAAGAUCUUACGAAAGUUUUUCAUCUUCAAGAAGGCCAGAGUGUGAUUACGAAGAUUAUCCUAGCUACAAAACGACGUCCAGUAAUUUUCGAAGCAUCUCAGGAUCUCAGUGUUCCUUUGGGUGGCGAGACAGAUGACUCUGCUUUUGCAGAUCUUGAGGUUCCAGGAGGUUCCCUUUUGAAAGAAGACGGAACCAGUUACUCUGGCCAAGCUAAUAUGCGACUGAACUUGGUCGAUCCUCGAAACGCAUCUGAUAUCUUGUCAGCUCCUGGCGACUUUUCUGCCGUUGAUGAAGAUGGAGAGGAACAGAUUCUCUCGAGCUUUGGAAUGAUGAAGGUGAACUUUGAAGAUACCAGUGGAAAUAAGUUAACCCCUUCUAAACCUAUGAAAGUGUUUUUGGAUCCCCAACAGCUAAACAUUAGUGUAGAUGAUAAUGGAAACACGACUGUUAAACUUUGGUGGUUAAACGAAAAGACUGGACGAUGGAUACUGGCCGGAAAUAUAUGGAGCGACGAAAAGGGUAGUAUUCGACGGAAAAGAAGUUCUGCGCGAAGGUUCUUAGUCACUGAGAUCACCCAGGCUAUAAGUAAAAGUAGACUGAAUUUUGACCAGCCUAGUGGUUUAAGUUUUGUGGGCGUGUCAGCUCCUCCAGGGUCAACUGCAAGGGUUAUGUGUGGAUUUUCCUCUAAUGAUAAUCUAUUAGAAGGCUAUCGAGAGCAAACAUCGAACUCCAAUGGCAUCGCUUGUGUUCCAACUUGGCGAGAAAGGACGUGCUACCUGCAAGCAGAAAGUGAUAGCUCAAGAUUUCUAACACCAGACCGCGGAGGCAUUGAUUCUUUUCCAUAUGGGACAAGUGUUAGAGUCGUUUCAAGCAACCUCGGAAGAGCACAAAAAAUUGAGUCGUUCAAACUUUAUACCAGUGUGAGAAGCAGUGGUCCUGUUUAUCCUUUUUCUAAGUCCAACGCAAGGUGCUACAGGCAAGAUAGAGACAAUAAAUAUUUUCGUUUUCAACCCCCCCAAGGCGCUGACGCAACAUUUAUCUUGUCCUCGCCACGUAUAGAUGACAGCAAUAACCCACUCAACUGGUAUCCGCCUAGCCCCAGCGACAUAAACAAACAGGAUGUUUGCUUUAUCAAGGUCCUUGUACAUAAUGCAAAGGCAACCUUUCUUGCUUCCAGUUUCCGAGGAAACAGGCAGGGUACGACAGAUUCAAAAGUCGGCGAUUAUGCUACAAUGGCAGUUGAUUCUAAUAGAGACAAUGAAUUUGUCGUCUGCCUUCAGAUCCGUUGUCCAGGGAUCGUUGACAGAGCUGAGGAACGAACGGACGUUCAUAUUAUUCCCAUAACGGGACAUUGCCAUUUCCAAUCUGUUCAUAUCCCGCAAAAGUUUAUGGAAAACAAUCUCGAUGUGCCGUGUGUUCUUCCGUCCUCCGGCGCUAGUAACCAUGAAAAGUGGAUCUGUGUUCCGAGUGGUUUGACCAGCGGGUUUGAUGUCGACUUUGUGUACCGAGCAGAUAAAAGUCAGGAGAAUUUAGCAAAGCAUAGAUGUCUCAUCGGUAGAAUAAGAGAAGACCAAAUCACUGACACUCCUCCUUCAAUCACUGGAGCAAGUUUGGUCUAUAGUUGUGGUAAGUCAGCGAAAAGAGUUAUCUUGUUAUUUUCGGUUUCCUGCAUGCUCUAA